GCCACCAGGAGCACUGUUACACACAAGGUGUGCGCCGUGGCGUCUCCGGAUACCGCCGACCGACUGACGCUGACUGAACUCCUGUGCAAACUGACAUUAAAGCGAGUUUGCUUCCACCACAUGACGACUGCUAUGUUCGUGAUGUUUAUGGCACAGAAUGGUGUCGAGCAGGUAGAAGUAAUUUUGCACCAUGAAUGACAGGUACCACAAGGCGGCCCGGGACGGCUACCUGGAUCUGCUGAAGGAGGCAACUCGGAAGGACCUAAACGCACCGGAUGAGGAUGGAAUGACACCGACGUUAUGGGCUGCUUAUCACGGAAACCUGGAGGCUCUGCGGAUGAUCGUGGCUAGAGGAGGAAACCCAGACAAGUGUGACAUAUGGGGGAACACACCUCUCCACCUGGCAGCUGCUAAUGGUCACCUCAACUGCCUUUUCUUCCUGGUGUCUUUCGGUGCCAACAUAUGGUGUCUGGAUAAUGACUAUCACACACCGUUGGACAUGGCUGCCACCAAGAAUCACAUGGACUGUGUCCGUUACCUGGAUUCCAUUGCUGCCAAGCAGACAGACCUCAAUCCCAAGCUUGUCAAUAAGCUUAAGGACCGGGCCUUUAGGGAUGCUGAGCGGCGAAUCAAACAGUGUGUGAAAAUGCAGAAAAAGCACCGCAAACAAAUGGAGCGAAAGUUUCAUAAAGAGGCCUCUGAUGCUUCUGCAUCAGACAUCAUGAGCUUUUCCAGUUACAGCAGCAGUUCUGUUAGCCACAAGCUACGUAACUUCAACACAGCCGCUGUCAGUGUGCCAUAUUCUCAGGCAACUCUCCAUGCCACACACAGAGGAAAGACAAAAAUCCAGAAGAAGCUGGAGAAGAGGAAACAAGGAGAUGGCACCUUUAAAAUCUAUGAAGAUGGAAGGAAGAGUGUGCGCUCCCUCUCUGGACUUCAGCUGGGUAACGAUGUCAUGUUUGUCAAGCAAGGCACUUACAUCAACCCAAAGGACCGUGGCCGCCGCAGUGUUCGUGAUAUGUUCCUCAAACAUAAUGAUGAUGCUAUUUCACAUGCCAUGAGUGAGCCAGACCUCCACAGGUCAGAUAUUGACUUCUCUGAAAUCAGCACAGAUUCUGGACAUGAUUCCCUGUUCAACAGACCUGGUCUCGGCACCAUGGUCUUUAGAAGGAACUAUGUGAGUGGGGGUAUGUUUGACCUUGGCCAUCGAGCGGAAGAAAGUUUAGAUCAGUCAGGCAGUAAUGUACGUUUACGCAGUCGACUUCAGCAGCAAUACUUAAGUGUAGAUGAAGACAGCAUCGGCAGUGCACACAGCUUGCAGCAGAGGAAUACUGAUGAGCUGCCAUGGGAUGAAGUCGAAUUAGGGCUGGAUGAUGAUGAUGAGCCUGACACAAGCCCCCUGGAGGUCUUCCUCGCCACACAGAGUAUGAGCGAAUUUUUCUCCAUUUUGAAGAGGGAGAAAAUUGACCUUUCAGCACUGUUGCUGUGCUCUGAUCAUGACCUGAAGAGUAUCCAUAUCCCUUUAGGACCAAGGAAAAAAAUCUUAGAUGCCUGCAGUAGACGGCUAGAGACCAUAGAGAGCCCUGACUGCAUCGAGGACACAGAACUGUAAGUGUUAAUGUCAAUUAUUCAGUGUAGUAAGAAAGUACUGUACAUGAACAAUAUUCUUUGUUGCUUUAUCUCAGCACACCAGCACUUUAGAGCACAGGGGCCUCCAAACAAGUCUUACAAACAUGAUAUGAUAUAAAACAUGAUAUAUAAAAAAAAAAAAAAAACAUCCCUGCCUAUGCUAUGGCUUCAUGAGGACCUCACUGAAAUUAGUUAAAACCACCUUCUAGCUGUAUUUGACUUGGUAUUUUGUCCAGUCCAUGUGACACAUGGACUGGACAAGACGCAGCGAGUAAACUCUGAUUAAUGUUGGUGUGAAGAAACAUCACUGUCAGGGAGCAAAUGCUGCACCCAUGUUAAUUGUAGGGCUUUACAACCAUUCAUCUUCAAAACUUUCGCAGUGUAGGUCGCUGGUUUAGAUUUUGUUGUUGUUUAUAGGGAAAUUGAAUGCGCAGUUUCGACUGAGGUCCAAUGACUUUUCAAUAAAUGUUUGUCUGGGCAGUAUUACCAUAUUUGAAGAUUUGAACAGAAUUGGGGAUUCCUAAAAAACAAGCCAAAACAAGGGAAACUGACUCUGUAGGGGUUCUUAAUGAUGUUUCAUCACUCAUCCAAGUAGCUUUUUUAUCUUCUGAAUGGUACACUAACAACCCAUUAAUGGCCAAAGACUCCUGCUCCAAGGUAUAAGUAGCAUUCAUGGGGAGGGAAAACAGGAUCAAAGUAGAUUCUUCCAUUUACAUCUAUAGCACUGGUGGUUCAUAGCUCCUUCUCAUGUGGGUUUCAAAUGGGAAACACCCACAGAGGUUCCUCUUAAAAUGGAAAAGGAAUGGAAAAACUUGGAGAAAUGGUGAAACAUCUUCAAGAAACCCUAGUCCAGUUGGCAUCGUUUUAGCAUGUUCUUUGGAUAUACCAUAAUCUGGAUGAUGUAGAACCUAAAACCGGGAAAAUAUUUUGCCAAAUGGGCUAUGAAUGAGAACAUGUUCAUUCUUUAAGUACAAAUAAAAUCUCCACACUUUGACUUCAUAAUCACUGUUUCAAUUCAGAAGAGCCAAAAUAGAACUGUUUAAAAGGUUUGAAUAUUUAUGGACACCAUUGCACAUUUUGAUGGAUAGCUUCUGAAAAACUCUUACAUGGAAAAAAAAUAAAAAUAAAAGCAGGUAUUCUUUUCUUGACUUGAUUCUGUUAUGCAGGUAAUACGUUGUGUGACUGGCUCUCUUGUUGCAUGCUCAUCCAGCUCAGAUGGCUCACUGAAAAUGUUUGUCUACAUUAUUUGCUUGGACUCCCCUGUACUGCAUGGUCUCACGGUCUGCAGUCCAGUUCAGUGAAGUGUCAUGCCAUUCCAUGUGACCGAGCUAACAUAUAGUGGAUUGUGUGGUCUUUGUCCCUCGAACAUUUUUUCCUGUGAUGCAAAUGUUAUCACGUCAUGUGCCUGUGUUACUUGUGCAUAUGCUUAAAAAGUGUAUCUUGUAAAAAGUGUGACAAUACCAAGAAAUUGGCUUAACUUUAUUAACCCUUUUAAUGACAGCGCUGAGCAACAUUUUUACCUGCAGUAAUGUUUACUCAUAUUUCAUGCCAUGUACAUGUUUACAUACACUUAGCCAUGUCAGUACAAGUGUAGCUCUGGUGAUAAAGGCCAAUUUUUCUUUGAGAUAACAGUUCUGAUUUACUGCAGUGUUGUAAACUAUAUGGAAACAAAGUAUUUUCAGUUAAUUUUAUAUUAUACAAUAUGACAUAUCACGUGAGAGUAAGAUCACAUAUUGUUUGUCAGUAGUCUACUAACAGGGAUAACUAUCUCAAUGUCAUUCAAUAACUUAGGUAUUCAUAAUUUUUACUGUUGUAUUAUCACUUUAAAAUGAGAAUGAUGUCUUAUUGUUGCCUUAGAAUGAGUCUUUCAUAUCAACAUAGUCUGCCACGCUGACUCUUCCAUUAACAUCACAGGACGACAGCACUAACAACCCACAUUUUGUGUGAUGCUCAGAAGAGAUGAUAAUGAUGACCUUAGCAGCUUUUUCAAUGAAAACUGUCUAUUUGCAGAGAUUAGAGGUAAAUGCAAACAGUACAUAUCAAAUGCACAAGGUUCGGGUGCAUGAACGAACCCUAAGCAUUCUGUGUCACUGUUGUGUGUAACUUUACAGUAUGUUGUUAUUGUUAUGUUAUUAUUUCUACAGCUUUGGGUCAUGGUUAUAGCACUGUUAGCUGUAAGUUGAUUGGCAGGUUGACAGGUAAGCUUGCAAGUAUGGCAGGUUUGUCUGACUGACAUGAGAGCACUAUGUGUUUCACAUUUCUGUAUUACUGAUAUGGC